AUCUGAGCUGCGGAGCUGUGAUAGCAAUCUGCUGGAGACAUCUGACCGAUAGGACUUCCAUCUCUCUGAAAACUUUUACCACAUUUCAUCAGCUAUAACUUUGAUUCACUCCAUUUUUGGGACGAUCAUGGAUUCUACUGCAACAGCCAAAACAGAGCAGAUGACUGACAGGGAUCUCUCAGAGGAAAUCAAACAUGUGACCAAGGAGAGUCACGUCCGGGCGGAGAACACAGAACUGAUGCUGAGCUUCCAGAAGGGAAAAGUCUCCCUGCCGCAGUACAAGCUGCUCCUCAGCUCCUUGUUUGAGAUCUACCAAGCUUUGGAGGAGGAGAUGGACAGGAACGCCGACCAUCCCAGUGUGGCGCCCAUUUACUUCCCAGCUGAACUGGCCAGGCUGGAGUCCAUCAAGAAAGACCUGGAGUUCUUCCACGGCCAUGACUGGAGGGAGAAGAUAGUCGUGCCGGCAGCUACCAAGAGAUACUGCCACCGACUGAGACAAAUUGGGAAAGACAACCCGGAGCUGCUGCUGGCUCAUGCGUACACUCGAUACCUCGGUGACCUGUCAGGAGGUCAGGUCUUAGGUCGGAUCGCACAGAAGUCCAUGGGUCUGAAGGGAAGCGACGGCCUGUCGUUCUUCGCCUUCCCCGGCGUCUCCAGCCCGAACCUCUUCAAACAGCUGUACCGUAGUCGCAUGAACGGCGUGGAACUGAGCCCUACUGAGAGGAGAGGCGUGCUGGAGGAGGCCGUCCGAGCCUUUGAGCUCAAUAUCCAGGUGUUUGAUGGUUUACAGGAGCUGCUGAGUGUUGGGCAGCUGGGAACAGGGUCUGCACAUUCAUUGGAUAAACACAAGGCUCCCCUUAGUAUGACUGACAGCUCGCCGUUCUUUAGGCUGAUCAUUGGACUGUCUGUCGCACUCGCCACAGUCAGUGUGGGAAUCUUCAUCCUCUAGUGAACUGAGCUCUGGCUGUCACUGUAAAUAUGUAGAGGUCACGACAAGGCCCACGACCGGUCGCUUGAAUGCUUGAGAUAAAGUGUGAAAGAAGUUUUCAACUUUUAGAGGCGGUGGUUAUGAAAUAACACCAGGUGACGGUUAUGUUUUAGAUUCAUUGACAGUUUACACAUGACUGCAGGCCAGUAGUAGUGGUUUUGCCGCUUGGAAUGAUUUGCUCCAUAUGUAUAUAUAUUUUUUAAUUUAUUUUCUGGCAACAUUUCUUGCAAAACAAACAUCCUCUUAUUUCAAAACCAUGUAAAAUAUUUUACAUUUUUCAUAAAACAAUCUGUUAUACUGUAAUCACUGAAAGUAGUUUCACUCCUUUAUGACUCAAGAGUAAACAAAACUAACAGCAAAAAUGAAAGUCAAAUGUGGCAUUUUAUAGUAGUAGCUUGUCAUUGUAAAUAAUGAUCAGAAUUUGUUUUUUGAAGUCAAAUAAACAAGUGAACAGUGUUUUUUUCAGUGUUUUCAUGCUUUGUUG